AUGCAAAUCAACAUGCACAUAAAACCCCAACCAACAGAAACCCUCCUCCCACUCGACAUAUCAACAACAACCACCCCCCAGCAUCAUCCAGCGCAACCACCAUCCCCAAAACCCCACCUCUACUUCGCCUACGGCUCCAACCUCUCCCCAACCCAAAUGACACUCCGCUGCACCAUAAACCCCUCGCACUCCGCAAAACCCCUCGCAAUAGCCUCCCUCCCACACUGGCGCUGGCAUAUCAACGAAGCAGGCUACGCGAACGUCCUCCCACCGGCCGGUCUGCGUAUAUCCUCUCAACUCAGUCCCGCCGCGGACAAGAUUCCCAUCUCGGGAGUGGAAGACACUGUGUACGGAGUGCUUUAUGAGAUGGAUCCUGGUGAUGAGAGGAUUCUUGAUGGGUAUGAGGGGAUUGAUACGGAGGCGGAUGUUGUGAAGCCCGUACCUGGUAGGGAGCGGGGCAUUGACGUUGAUGUUCGGCCGAGGGAGCAGGGGGAGGGGGAUUAUAAUAAGUGGUAUGUUGAUGCUGUGGUUGUGGAGUGGCUUGAUGGGGGGAGUCAAGUGGAGUAUGAACGGGGGAAGUGGAAAGGAGGGGAGAAAGAGACGGUUAGGAUUUUGGUGUAUGUUGAUGAGGAGCGGGUGGUUGUUUCGAGGCCGAAUGCGGAGUAUAUUCCAAGGAUGAAUCGGGCGAUGAGGGAGGCGGAGGAGUUAGGGGUUAGUGGGAGGUGGUUGGGGGAGGUGUUGAGGAGGUUUAUUCCUGAGGAGUGA